AUGAGCGCGGAAGAAACUGUUAAAGUUCCUCCCAACGGAAAAUGGGGCUGGAUGGUUGUUUUGGGGUACGCCUUGAAUGGGAUGUCAACCAUAUCCCUUAUGGCGGGAUUAGGGUUAAUAUUCAAAGACACAUUUCCCCUUUUCGGUUUCACUGCCACGGAAGCGGCAAUUAUCAUCAAUACAAAUUUAGCUUUUGGUAUGUUACUCGGCCUGAUCAAUGGACCGUUGCUAUGUACAUACGGGUACAGAAAAAUGGCGGUGGUCGGCAGCCUGCUUUACUCGAUUGGCGUGACCGCAACAGCGUUCGUCAAAUCAUUCACCCUGAUUAUGAUUUUCUACGGUAUAUGCGCCUCAUUGGGUUUAUGUUUGACAUUAUCUUCGUUUUCGUACGCGUUGAAUUCUUAUUUCACAACAAAAAGGGGACGAGCAUUGUCGUUGGCGUUGACUAUUGUUGGACUUGGCCCGAUAGUGAUACCACAAGUAACAACAUUCUUGCUUCCGCAUUAUGGAUUUCAGGGUACGAUACUACUAUACGGAGCGUUCAGUUUACAUUCGUUGGUAGGAAGUCUGCUGCUUCAGCCACUGAAAUGGCACACGAAAAUCGCGAAAAAACAAUUGCAAACAAAGAAAGAAGAAGGGCUUAUGAACGAAAAAGGAACGAUAAUUACAGAUGAGAAGAUUAUUCUACAAGAUGAUGAAUGUUCGAUAAAUUCGUUGUUGGACAUACACAAUAUACAAAGAAAACGAAAGACCACUAUGUCGACUAUCGAUCACGACGCUGAAAUUGGAAGCAUAUAUGGAUUCGAUAUACCGCUGGCACGGCAAUUCUCGGAAUCGUUAAAUGUUUCUCUAGGGGAGAAAGACAUUACAAAAAGUCAACAGCACCUGCAUCGUCGCUUUAAAAGUAUCGACACUGUCAAUCUCGGCAGUAGCGUUAAAAUUUUCGAGGAAAAAUCUGAUUUCCCAACGAAAUACAGCAAUCUACAUAUUUCAAACGGGAAUAAUCAUAAUUUGCAAGACACAAAGGAAAAUGAAUUGCUGAUUCAGAAGAAUGAAACAAAAACAACAUUAAACACGGGGACUGACUGCAAUGAAAAGUCCGAAAAGAAGUCAGUUUUAAAGGAAAUAUCACAGAAGCUGAUUCAGCUUUUCGAUUUGGAUUUACUACGGGACCCAAUCUAUGUAAAUAUGAUGGUAGGGAUGUCGGUCGCUAUUUUUGCCGAAGCGAAUUUUUCUCAACUGACACCGUUUAUUCUAACAGACAUGAAUCUGUCGACCAAGGAAAUCUCGACCAUUAUGAGUCUCACUGCCAGUACGGAUUUGGUAUUUCGAACUCUUGCUCCGUUCCUUGGAGAAUGGUUCCGGCAGCCGCCGAGAAUCAUGUACAUGUUUAGUUUGUGCCUUUUAAUUAUGAGCAGAUCUUCCUUAAUAUUCGUGGAUCGAUAUACGUCGACCCUGUUCGUCGCCGUUGGAUUAGGAGCUUCUAAAGGGAUUCGUUCGGUGUAUAUGUCACUGGUGAUACCCGAUUAUGUUCCUAUUGAUAGGUUGCCUAACGCAUCAGGCAUUCAGAUGAUCGUAAAUGGUGUGAUACUAUUAACUAUUGGGCCGAUGCUGGGCUUAAUUCGCGACACUGCCGGAUAUUACACACCUUGCAUAAUUGUGAUAAACUGUAUCACUGCGGUUACGGUGUUAAUGUGGUCAGUGGAGAUGUACAUCGUACGGAGAAGGAAGCUUCGAGUAGAAAACGAGCAACCGGACAAUUCUUAA